AUGGAUCUCCUAGCCACCGUUCGGAAGGAAGGCUCCCGGGGUGGUCGCGCCGACUUCAAGUGGUCCGAUGUCCAGGCCUCCUCCCAUCGAGAAAACUACCUGGGUCACUCCCUCAUGGCUCCAGUCGGCCGCUGGCAGAAAGGCCGCGAUCUCAAUUGGUACGCAAAAGGCGACCAGGAUGCAAAGGACAACCCCGACGAGGAUCCUGCCGCAAAGGCUGCAAGAGAACGCAAGGAAGAAAUAAAACGAGUCAAGGAGGCAGAGGAAGAUGCCCUUGCAAGGGCCCUGGGUCUGCCGGUGGCCCCAAGAAACAACCCCAACAUGGAGGAACUAGGCGGUCAACGCGAGGUUGGAAGGGUCUUGAAAGAGGCGGCCGGUGACAACGACGCUGCAUCCUCGAGGGGCGUGGGAUACGGCCGCCUUGCAGGGAUCGACAACCCCAAAAUGGACGGCACAUCCACCGAACGCAUCGAAGGAACCUCGGGCUCCAAUGACAAUGAACUUCAACAUGCGCUAAGGGAGUACAAACGUAGACACGGUGAGCAGAAGUCUCAUGGUGGUCGCCGGCGCAGAAGUAGAAGCCGAAGUCACGACAGAGAACACAGACAUAAAAGAAGAAGCGAGGGUGACCGACAUAGAGAAUCACACAGAGACACAGAGAGGCACGGUGGGCAGCGAUCCAGAAGACGGCGUUCGUUCUCGCCCGAGAGGCGGGAUCGUGAGCGCUCGCGCUCCCCGAGGAGUGGAAGACAAGAGGAACAUGGUCACCGCGACAGAGUCAGACAUAGACCUUCUGAGCGUCAAAGCCGAGAAGCUCGCGGCCGGCAUGAUGACCGAAGACGACACGACAGGGAUUGA